AUGGCUGAGAGUUACAUAAGAAAUCAAUGGCUCCCCCCGUCUGCCACACCUGUCUAUAUAAACCCAGCUGCUCCUUCCUCCACUCUCACACCGUUACAGGAUUGGAAAGAACUCUCCAAGAGUUCGAACAUGACUACUCUCUGCACCACCACCAUCGUCCUCCUCUUCACCACUCUCAUCUCCAUUGCCUUCGCACAGAACGGCACCAGCCAAAUCUCCCCAGCCAACGCCUGCAGCGUCACCACUGACCCUGCCUUCUGUAAGUCCGUCAUACCUCCUCAGACGCGCUACAACCUCUACGGCUAUGGCCGGUACCUGGUCAAGAAGUCCCUGGACCAGUCAGCGAGCUUCUCUUCCCUCAUUGACCAAACCAUAAGACAGAAGUCCAGCCUUACUGCGGAGGCGCUAAGCGCGCUCAGGGAUUGCUUGUUCCUCUCCGAUCUCACCACCGACUUCUUGGUCACCUCCACGAGCACCCUCAACUCCACCGACUCCACCACCCUUCAGGACAAUCAAGGUGACGACGUCCACACCCUUCUGAGUGCCAUAGUUACGAACCAGCAAACUUGCUACGAUGGCCUCAGCCAGGCCUCCUUCCUCAAAAGCGGGAACUCGAUCUAUGCACCACUUAUUAAUGGGUCACAGCUCUACAGAGUGUCCCUAGCUAUGUUCACCCACUCCUGGGGGCCUAAACACCGGCACAGGCGAGCCGGGAAGCCCGCGGUUCGCAAGCUUCUCGCCGAUUUGAAGGUCGGCCAUGGCGGUUUGCCGAGCUGGGUGAACCCGGGCAUCUUAGGGCUCAAGAGAAGGAUGGCUCUUGACACUGGUAGUGUGCUGGUGCAAACCAUCGUUACCGUUGCCCAGGACGGCAGUGGAAAUUACAGUACCAUCUCCGAGGCGGUUGCUGCCUCCCCAAAUAGCACUCUGCCGAGCAAGGGUUACCAUGUCAUCUACAUAAAGGCUGGGGUGUACCAGGAGUAUGUGUCCGUGGACAAGAAGAAGAAGAACUUGAUGAUGGUAGGGGAUGGCAUCAACCAGACUAUAAUCACAGGCAAUCGCAGUGUGGGAGAUGGCUUCACUACGUUCAACUCCGCCACUCUUGCCGUGGUAGGGCCAAAUUUCAUCGGAUGGGACUUUACGGUGCAGAACACGGCAGGCCCAGCCAAACAUCAGGCCGUCGCUGUCCGGAACGGUGCUGAUCUCUCCACGUUCUACCGCUGCAGUUUCGAGGGUUACCAAGACACUCUCUACACACAUUCCCUCCGUCAAUUCUACAGAGAAUGCGACAUCUACGGCACCGUAGAUUUCAUCUUCGGCAACGCGGCUGUUGUCUUUCAAAACUGCAACCUCUACGCCCGGCUGCCCAUGUCCGGCCAGCAGAACAUGUUCACGGCCCAGGGCAGAACCGAUCCCAACCAGAACACAGGCACCUCCAUAAUCAAUUGCUCCAUAUCAGCAACUGCAGAUCUAUCUGCCAAUGGCCAGAUCAAGUCGUUCUUGGGUAGGCCGUGGAAGAACUAUUCGAGAACGGUUUACAUGGAGUCUGUCAUCGAUAGCGUGAUUGACCCAUCUGGCUGGGCGCCGUGGUCCGGUGAUGAUUUUCUGAGCACCUUGUACUACGGGGAGUACAGCAACACGGGGCCGGGAUCUAACACCAGCAGCAGAGUGACAUGGCCCGGAUAUCAUGUCAUGAGUUCAACUGAUGCCUCCAACUUCACGGUGACAAAUUUCGUGGAAGGUGAUGUGUGGUUGCCUGCUACUUCUGUGCCUUUCUCUGCUGGCCUCGCUUGAGGAGAUGGGACUCAUUAGUUAGAUGGCUAUUAUGGCUAUAACUUAUUACCUUGCCCUGUGGCAAAACAGGGAGCUUGGUGCUUGAUGUUUUUUUUUGUCCUUCGCUUAGAUUCAAAAUACGACAGGCCUCUUCGAAACUCGGCGGUCACGUGUAGCAUAGCAUCAGAAAGUCUUAAAGUUCACAGUUGUAAUGUGGUUAGGUUGCAAAUUUAUUUUACCGUUCUUUUA